CUCUCUCUCUCUCUCUCUCUAAACUAUCCUCUCUCUAUUUCGGCGACUGUCUCCUCCGGCGAAUGUCAUCGCCGUCCGUCUUCUCCCACAGCCGCCGCUGCUUUCCCUCACUGCCGAAAAGCAGCUUCGCGUCUUCUUCGCGCAUUCCCCUUCGGUCAUCAAUUCCGCUCUCAAACUCUUUUCCCCGAAUUUCAUUGAAAUCAGAGAAUAAAACCCCUAAUUCCUCUCCAUCCUCCAGCGAGCAGCGUGUCCUCACCAUUUUUCUACCAUGCACAUAUGUGAGGCAACUCAAGGGCUACAUUGUUCCUUAUAAGUGAGUGCUUUAUUGCAGAUUCUAGACCUCCUUGUGUGCGAAAUUGGGACCGGAAAGAAGUGGAUGGGUGCAAUUUUGCAAGGCAAAGAUGCGGAGGAAUGGACUUACAGAGGAGAAGGAGCUGUGAACCUAGUUCUUGCUUAUUGUGGAAGCUCUCCUCAUUUUGUUGGAAAAGUUUUAAGGAUACAAAAAGUUCCAAAUGAUAGACCUGAAUGUGAGAAUGGCCAUUCAGCCCUUGUCAACCAUGAAUCCUCCUUGUGGGGAAAAUUUGAAUGCAUAGUUUCAGCACCUACAAGGGAAAUUGCGGAGCACAUAUAUGUACAGAAAGUAAUGUGUCCACUCUUGGGAUCAGAGCAUGUUGACGCAGGGAUCCAUGUUCUUGUGUCAAGAGAAUUUUUGGAGGCAGUUGACAAUAAGGUUCUUUGUCAGCGUCCAUCAUGGCGUGUUGAUGCUGCCAGAAUCAAUUCCCUUCAUGACUCGGUUCUUCUAAUUUCUGAUCAUUCAGUGUUUCCUCAUUUUUCAGAUUCUCUCAAAGAGGAUUUCUGUGUGUCUGUUGAGAUAAAGCCCAAAGGCGGAUUUCUUCCCACUUCAGAAUUUAUAGCUGAGGGAAAUGCAGUCAAAAAGAGAAUUACUCGAUUUAAGAUGCACCAAGCUCUAAAAUUGCAUCGAGGAAAGAUAUCUCAAAUAAGUCAAUAUCAUCCUCUAGAUUUGUUUUCUGGAUCCAAGGAUGGAAUACGAAAAGCAAUUGAAACCCUCUUUAUAACACCGCAGAAUAAUUUUCGUGUUUUCUUAAAUGGUUCGAUUAUUUUUGGAGGCAUGGGUGGCACCGCAGACAGCACUAGUUCUACGGCUGCUCAAUCAUUCCAUGACGGACUUAAACAUGUCAUUUCAGCAAAAGAUGGGAUGCACAUCAAGGGUUUUGUAGAUCUGCUCACUGAAACUAUUUUUAAGUCUGGCUUAUUAAAUCGGCUUCUUGAAGUACAGAAGCUUGAUGCUAUUGAUAUAGAAGGUGCAAUUCAUUCCUACUAUGAUAUUAUUUCUCAGCCUUGUGUGGUAUGUCGGCAAAUAGGUGGGAAAAAAUCCCCAGCAAGGUAUUCAUCAAUUCAUUCAAUGCAAAGGGAUGAUAAAGUGAGAAUUGUGAGGGAUUACUUGAUAUCAGCCACUGCAAAGGACUUAAGUAUGAUGAUUAGUUUCAAGUCCAAAAUAAAUAUGGAGGAGGAAUCUCUACAUCAUGCUGUCUUUCUGGAAUCAAGCAAGCAGACCUUUUAUUACAAGGCAUCUUUCAUUGACCUGGACAUGAAACCGUUGAAGAAAAUGGAAUAUUACUACGAGUUGGAUCAACAAAUUGUCAACUACUAUGUCCAAAUGUUGAAAGAUACAGAUGUGCUUGAUUGUGGUGAGCCAACCCAAGAGUCACUGAAUACAAGUACCGGUAUUGAUAAUGGUGAAAUGGCAAAUUGAUUGAGGAGCUCAGAAGAGAGAUAUAGAUCGGCUUUCUUUUCUACGAAGAAAAGGUGUCAACUACUUCAGUAUCUUCCAGUCAACAUCAGCCAUGAAUUUAUGCAGCUCGGUUUGGACCAAGAAGUUAAUUGGAAUAUGGCUCGCUGGAAGAUGACCACUCCUCGUGCGCUCUCUAGGCUACAAGUUAACCUUCUAACUGAAUCUAGAAUGUAAUUCUACAUGAAAGUUUAGUAUUCUCAUCAACAUUAAGUGUACCAAUUUUUGUUGUUGUAAUUCAGUUCUAACUUCUAAGCUAUACUCAUAGUUUUCAGGCCUAACUUAAAUUGUGUAAACAGCCAGCAAUCAGCAUGUGGUUUGCAGCAAUUCGUUAUCUUCUGUA